UAGCGCCUUGGUUGACGUUGUUGUGGGAGUAAGAAUGUACUUAGUCGUCAAGUCUUUUUAAGACAAGAAGCAAGACGUAUUUUUGACAUUUACACAAAGCUGAAUAGGACAUUACCCCCGGAGGAAGCGAUUUUAUGCGAACGAAAGGCACAGAGUGGGAGGAAAUGAGAGAGAAAUUCCGCGAGGCCGCUCGAGGUGUGGCCGAAACAGUCCUUCUGCUGUGAGGGAGAAUUACUCUCCUGUCUUUUCUCUCUCCUGAUGCCCCCUUCUGCACUGUAAAUUCAUGAUCACAUGACUUUGGAUAUGGACGCAGUCCUGUCCGACUUUGUCCGUUCUACUGGAGCUGAACCCGGACUGGCCAGAGACCUGCUAGAGGGAAAAAACUGGGACCUCUCGGCUGCACUGAGUGACUUUGAACAGCUGAGACAAGUGCACGCUGGGAACCUCUCAUGCACCUUUGCUGAGGAGAGAGAGUAUCCCUCCUUUGAAAAGGAGAUCGCUCGGACGGGGCGGCCUCUCUUGCAUCGCCAAGAUGAGGUUGUUCAAGCAGCCACGGAGAAGCGACUGUCGAGGGGAAUCUCUCACGCCAGCUCCACCAUCGUCUCUCUGGCCCGCUCACACGUGUCCAGUACGGGCGGCAGCAACGAGCCACUUCUGGACACUCCGCUCUGCACCUUCCAGUUGCCUGACCUCACCGUCUACAGGGACGACUUCCGCGGCUUCAUCGAGAGAGACCUCAUUGAGCAGUCCAUGAUGGUGGCCUUGGAGCACGCUGGACGGUUGAACUGGUGGACUCGUUUGGGAACCGGCUGUCAGAAUUUAUUACCUCUGGCUACUAGUGGUGAUGGGAACUGUCUGUUACACGCUGCCUCACUGGGUAUGUGGGGCUUUCAUGAUCGAGACCUGAUGCUGCGGAAGUCUCUCUAUGCACUGAUGGAUCAUGGGCUGGAGAGGGAGGCUUUAAAGCGAAGGUGGAGAUGGCAACAAACCAUGCAGAACAAAGAGUCGGGACUGGUUUACACAGAGGAAGAGUGGCAGAAAGAGUGGAAUGAGUUGUUGAAACUGGCAUCCAGUGAACCCAGGAUACACUACAGCACUAACGGCAGCAACGGUGCCGAGUCACAGGAGGAGCCGGUGUACGAGAGCCUGGAGGAGUUUCAUGUGUUCGUUCUUGCUCAUGUGCUCCGUAGGCCGAUAGUGGUUGUGGCUGACACCAUGCUGCGGGACUCUGGGGGAGAAGCUUUUGCACCAAUCCCAUUUGGAGGGAUUUACCUGCCCCUAGAAGUACCAGCCAGCAAGUGCCACCGCUCCCAUCUCGUUCUGGCAUAUGACCAGGCCCAUUUCUCUGCCCUGGUCUCAAUGGAGCAGAAAGACAGUUCCAAAGAACAAGUGGUGAUCCCUCUGACGGACUCGGAUCAUAAGAUGCUGCCUUUGCACUUUGCUGUGGAUCCUGGAGAAGACUGGGAAUGGGGCAAAGAUGACAACGAUAAUGUGAUGCUGGCAAGUGUAACCUUAUCUCUGGAGGCCAAGCUCCAUCUGCUGCAUAGCUACAUGACUGUCACCUGGCUUCCUCUACCAUGUGAGGUACAGCAGGCCCCAUUGGCCCAGCCAGAGUCACCUACAGCAUCUGCAGGAGAGGAUGCCCGCACCCCGCCAGACUCUGGAGAGUCUGAUAAGGAGUCCGUCAGCAGCAGUUCCAAUGGCAAUGGAGACAGCAGUACUACUGGAACCAGUGGCACAACAGGCAAAACAAGUGGUGGAUCUUCCAGCUCCUCUAGUUCAUCCAGUAACAGUUCAGCAGGGACAACUGGCACAAUUGGAAAGGAGAAGGGAAAGAAAGACAAAGAAAAGGAUAAGGACAAGAAACGUGCAGACUCCGUUGCCAACAAGCUGGGUAGCUUUGGCAAGAGCUUGGGCAGUAAGCUGAAAAAGAAUGUGGGAGGCCUGAUGACGGGAAAGAAUACAAGUGGAAUUGGAUCCAAACAGGAGGGUCAAGAGAAGAAGAAAGGCUCUCUGAGAGGUCGUAAGGGCAGUAAGGACAGCUCUCCUUCCAUUCAAACUGGCUCUGAGGACUCUGGGAAAGGUUCACCCUCCUCAACCAGCGAGCGACAAAAUGGAAGCUACUCUACUGAAGGUGACCCUUUUAAGUACAGCUCGGAUGUGAAAGUGAGUCUCAGCAUCCUCCGAUGCGCUAUGCAAGGCGAAAGGAAGUACAUCUUCACUGCGCUACUCACUACAAGCAACCGGCAGCCGUUUCAGGAGGAAAUGAUCCAACGCUACCUGGUUGAUGCUGAGGAGCGCUUCCGUGCCGAACAGGAACAGAGAAGGGAAGCUGAGCGGAAAGCGGCUGGAGGUCUCGCAACGACUGCUGGGUCCCAACUGAAAAAGGACGGGCCUGAGCUGAGUUACAGAAGUUUUGAAAGCAAAGAGGAAGUCACUGAUAACUCACCUCCUACUUUUAACGCUUUGAAGUCGUCGUCUUUCAGCCCGGUGAUGUACUCUGGUGUGGUCCCAAUCCCUAGGGCCACCUUCAUUGACCAUUCUCCUACCCCACUCACGCGGCAUCUCCAUAUGCAUGGUUAUUUGGAUACACGACGGCAGCUGGCAGGAGGUUCGCCGUCUUCUUACCCAGGUCUACCAUCCUAUGCUACCUUGCCCCGACACUGCCCCCUAGCACAGGGCCCACCCCAUACCCAGUACCACCCUCCCUCCACCAGCUUGGGUAGCCCAUCCCGUAUCAUCAGCCCCUGCCUGAUGUCUUUUCCCCAAGAUCAUGACCCAAUUGAUUACCCAACCGAACCUGCUGGAGGCUACACGAAUGGCUUGCGGGACUCGCAUUUCACUUUGGACAGUCGCAAUGGGCCGAUGCCCUUGAGGCAUUACUCUUUAGGCAGUGCGGGUGGCCUCACCAACCUGCAGUCCAGCAAAUGCCGAACGCCUACGUGCAAUUACUACGGCCACCCCGAGACGGGCAAUUACUGCUCGUACUGCUACAGAGAGGAGCUGAAGAGACGGGAAACGGAGCCGGCUAGCCACAGGUUUUGAAUGGACAAUCUCUGUCCGGUUUCUCUCCUAUAGGACUCAUUGGAGCCCGCCGUGUGAGCCACAUCAUAUCCUGAUUGCGUGGAUCUUGCUUUAAGACAUAAGUUCGGCCUUUCUGAACCAGGUUACUGAGACUCGGCGCCCACAAUGAAUGGCCAUUGUGGGAAUAGGACUGCUGUUGUGUUACAUUUGCUGUGGCUCAUAGGCAGAAGCUUUAAGCUCCGCCCACAUUUGCUUGACGUGGUCAUCCUCUUUCCUGUCUCCUUGUCUCCUCCUAGUGGCGAGAAUGUAGAGCACAGGCAAUAGACAUUGGAGCACAAUGUGCUACGUUGCAUCACACGAACAUGCCGCGUACCCCAAAAUACACGUUAAGCACAACCAGAAAAUACGUAUUUAUAUCAGCGGCGUUUGUAUACAUAAUAAUAGACAUUUCAUGUAGGAUUUCAGCUGCAAUCAAUGUAAGACUUGCCCAAUUGCGAUUGUAAGGCAAAAACACACUGUUAACUUCAAGUGAGUGUUAUCUGCAUUGGCCCAACGCUACAAUAAUUUAACUUGCGCCCCUUUGGAAGCCAUACCCGACUGGCUUGAAUUAGCUCAAAUGGUGCUUUCUCGCUUCUAAGAUGUUCAACUUACGGAGCUAAACCUUGAUAGCCAAAGGUUUUGCUUUGGGUCUUCACAUGUCCAUAUUAAAAAAUCACAGUCGUUUACGUUUUACUAAGUGUUUCUACAACAUUUAAAAGUGCAAAACCUUUAAAAUUAGUGGAAAAAAAAAAGGAAAUCAGAUGUCAUUUUUCAGAAAUGGUACAUUAUGCAGAAGAGUUAUGUUAA